AUGUCAGGAGGAACCUCUGGACUUAUGAGCUGUCAGUCAUUGGAACAGGGUGCCACAUCACAUGCAAUGGUGAUUUCUCUUGUAUUGGAGGACUUCAAACAGUGGUUGAAUGGUAAUCUGUCAGAGAACGUUGUUAUUUCACAUAAACUUGAAACAAAUAUCUCUGUUUUGCAGAUCUCCUUCCUCAUAAUGGGUUCCUUCAGCAGAAUUAUUAGCUCUUCAAAUUUUACCAUAUCAGCCAUACAUUGGCAGGAUAACUCCACCAGACGUGGAUUACCACAACCUCAUGCCUACUAUGCCCUCUUUUGCUGCAUCUUGAUCUUGGUCAUUAUUUUUGGGAAUGUCCUAGUCUGCCUAGCAGUUCUGAGGGAACGGAAUUUGCAAACUACUACCAACUACCUUGUGGUAAGCCUAGCAGUAGCAGACCUGCUGGUGGCCAUUUUAGUGAUGCCAUGGGUGGUAUAUCUUGAGGUAACUGGAGGUGUCUGGAAUUUCAGCCGUGUCUACUGUGAUAUAUUUGUAACCAUGGAUGUGAUGAUGUGUACAGCCAGCAUUUUAAAUCUCUGUGCUAUCAGCAUUGACAGAUACACUGCAGUGGUUAUGCCUGUACUCUACCAAUACAACACUGGUUCCAGCUCUUGCCGAAGAGUUUCUAUUAUGAUAACAAUAGUGUGGUUGUUGGCAUUUGCUGUUUCCUGCCCUCUUCUCUUUGGCUUCAAUACCACAGGUGAUCCCAAUAUUUGCUCCAUCUCUAAUCCUGAUUUUAUUAUCUAUUCUUCUGUGGUAUCCUUUUAUAUUCCAUUCCUGGUGACUCUUAUGCUCUAUAUCCGGAUUUACAUGGUUCUGAGGCAAAGACAGAGGAAGCGAAUCCUCACCAGACAAGGCAGCCAUAGUGUCAAAGCCUAUUGUAAACAGCAACAACCUACAGAGAGAAAAACUUUGCACAAGAAUUCUCCAGAUGCUCUUUCAUGUUGCUUACUGAUAAAAUGUUCACACCAGAAGUUGCUUGCUGAAAAGAGGCCUCUGACACCCACAGACUUACAGGGGUAUUGCAGUUUUUGCCAUGAAGUUUCCUUUUCCAGCAGAGGGGAUAAACAGGCCAGUGACAUAAAAACAAGGAGAAAAACCAAGGAACAAAACUUAGAAGUGCGCAAGCUCAACAAUGGCAAAACAAAAACCUCUUUGAAGCUACCGUAUCAACCACAACGCGCAAUACAACUUAGAGAAAGGAAGGCCACUCAGAUGCUAACUAUUGUUCUUGGGACUUUUAUAGUCUGCUGGCUGCCAUUCUUCGUGACACACAUAUUGAAUACUCACUGUCAAGCAUGCCACAUCUCCCCAGAGCUCUACAGUCUUACCACUUGGCUUGGUUACAUCAACAGUGCCCUCAACCCUAUCAUCUACACCACCUUCAACAAUGAGUUCCGUAAAGCUUUCCUUAAGAUUCUGUACUGCUGA